AUGUCAGUUGCCAACAACUCCCAGUUCGACUUUAUCGUCGUGGGUGGUGGUACGGCAGGAAACUGCAUUGCGGGCCGGCUGGCCGAGAACCCCGACGUCAAGGUCCUCGUGGUCGAGGCGGGUGUCGCCAACUCGCACGAGAUCGAAGACAUCACGACGCCGUCCAAAGCCUUCGGGCUGCGGGGCAGCCAGUACGAUUGGGCGUACAAAACCACCAUGAUCAAGCGUGAGGACUACGAGCGCGUGGAGAAGCCCAACACGCGCGGCAAGGCGCUGGGCGGCAGCUCGUGUGCCAACUACUUCACCUGGAUCCCCGGGUCGGCGGCCACCUUCGACGACUGGGAGCCCUUCGGCGGCCGGGAUUGGACCUGGGCGAACUGCGUUGAGUACCUGCGUAAAUGCGCCACCUACCACGAUGACGAGAAGCUGUACCCGGCUGAGCUGCACCAGAUCGGUUCCGGUGGGCCCCUGCAGAUCUCCCACGCCGAAUUGGUGCCCGAGCUGCAGCCCUUCCGCGACGCCCUCAGCCAGGCCUGGGUGUCCAAGGGCGAACCACUGACCGAGGACAUCUACUCCGGCGAGAUGCACGGGCUCACCCACUGCGUCGACUCGAUCUACAAGGGUCAGCGCCAGGGCAGCUUUGUGUAUCUGCUCAACCGGCCCAACGUGACGAUCUUGUCCGGCGCGCACUCCAAGCGGUUGCUCAUCGACCCGUCCACCCGCGUCUGCUCCGGCGUCGAGGUCGUCCUCCCCUCGACCAACACCACCCUCCGCCUCCACGCCACCCGCGAGGUUAUCCUGUCGCAGGGGGUGUUCGAAACCCCGAAACUGCUCAUGCUCAGCGGUGUCGGCCCGCAGUCGGAACUCGCCAAACACAACAUCGAUGUGAUCCUGGACUCCCCACACGUCGGCCAACACCUGCUGGACCACCCGAUCGUCCCCUUCGUCCUCAAGCUGAAGGAUGGCCUCACGCUGGACGACCACCUGCUCCGGCCCGGCCCCGCCCACGACGCCGCCGUGUCGGCCUACCGCCGCGACCGCACCGGGCCCGUCAGCUCUGGUCUGCUGGAGAUGGUCGGCUUCCCGCGCAUCGACGCCCGGCUGGACCAGUACCCCGCCUACCGUGCCGCGAAGGCUGCCAAUGGCGGCCACGACCCCUUCGGUCCAGCGGGGCAGCCCCACUUCGAGCUCGACUUCGUGGGGAUGUUCAGCUCCGCCUUCCAGUGGCACUACCCCGUCCCCAAGGAGGGCAGCUACAUGACCGUCAUCGUGGAUCUGCUGCGGCCCGUGUCCGAGGGGGGUGAGGUCACGCUCAAUUCCGCGGACCCCCUGGUGCAGCCCCACAUCAACCUCAACUUCUUCGCCGACGAUCUGGAUGUUCUCGCGAUGCGGGAGGGUGUGCGCUGGACGUACGAUGUUCUGACCCAGGGGGAGGGGCUCAAGGAUCUCGUGGUGGGUGAGUACCCCUGGGAGAUGCCGUUGCAUUCGGAUGAGGCGAUGAACAAGGCUGUCUUGGAGAGGAGUCAGACUGGAUUCCAUCCCUGCGGCACCGCCCGCCUGUCCAAGAGCAUCCACCAGGGCGUGGUGGACUCUAGACUCCGGGUCCACGGGAUCCGCAACCUGCGCGUCGCGGAUGCGUCCGUCAUCCCCGUGAUUCCGGACUGUCGCAUUCAGAACUCGGUGUACAUGAUCGGCGAGAAGGGCGCCGAUCUCAUCAAGGCCGACCAUCGUGAUCUCUACGAGGCGAAAGGGGUUCCGUACUUGGUUCCUAGUCGGUUGUAG